AUGCCUGGUUCAAGUCAUGCCUUGGAGCGGUUUUCCAGCCGUGCUGCUACCCACCGUCAACUGGGAACUUGUGGCCAGGCACAAGGGAUGAGAGGCUUACUGGCACUCUGCUUUGUGGCAACACUGAUCAUUUCGUGCGAUGGAAUAGUCUUGCCAGGUGCAUCACUGACUGGCUACAGCUACUGUCCUAAAGUUGGUGCAGUCCUGCAACGGACACACGAUCACAGGCUUUUCAACUUUACAGAUGGCCAUGACAUAUGCAGGGUACACAAUGGCAUAUUACUAAGUGCGAAAGCGUACACGUCGGGAUGCACAUCAACAUUGCUCGGUGAUACCCACUUUGCCUGGAUCAACCAGUUUGAAGUUGGAAAAACCGAUGAGAUUGCAUUUGCAACCGGAACACUAGCCCACCCUGUUUCCACCCGUUUCGUGAACGCCUCCAUAUACGUCGCUUGCGAAAUACCUUGUCAACGUAUCACCACGACUGGAGAUGGAGAUGGAAUAACUAAUAUUUCAGAGAGCGGUAGCGUUACAUGUGAUCCUGGUUAUGAAUACCUUAAUGCACAACCCGUGUGUAAUGAUGCAAGUACACAAAUUCCUCCCUGCACACCUGUGAAGUGUGAUGUACCAGCUAUUGCUAAUGCUACUGUUAACCGUACGGUGAUACAGUUCCAGGAUACGGUCACCUAUACGUGCCAAGACAAUCUAGCUCUUGUGGGCAUUGCCACGCAAAGUUGCUUGGCGAAUGGGAGUCUGUCGUCAGUGGCGCCUCGUUGUGACUAUUCAUCACUGACUGGGUACAGCUACUGUCCUGAAGUUGGUGCGGUCCUGCAACGGACACACGACUCCAAGCUUUUCAACUUUACAGAUGGCGAUUUUAUAUGCAAGCUGCACAAUGGUAGAUUACUAAGUCCAAAAGCGUACGGGAGCAAUUGCACAUUCACAUUUUUUGGUGCGACACGAGUUGCCUGGGUCAACCAGUUUGAGGAUGGAGCAAACGAUAGGAUUGCGUUUGUCACCGGAACACCAGCCAAACCUGUUGCCACUCUUUUCGUGAACGCGUCAGUAUACGUCGUGUGCGAAAUACCGGUGAAAUGUAAUGUACAACCAAUUGCUAAUGGUUUGACCGACAGGAUGGUAAUUCAAUACCAGGAAACUGUCACCUAUUCUUGCCUUCACAAUCUAGCUGUGGUGGGUGUAGCCACGCAAAGUUGUAUGGCUGACAGAAAUCUGUCUUCAGUGCCGCCACGCUGUGCCAAUACGUCACUGACUGGGUACAGCUACUGUCCUCAGGUUGGCGCAGUCCUGAAACGGACGCACGAUGCUAAGGUAUUCAACUUUACAGAUGGCCAUGACAUAUGCAGGGUACGCAAUGGCAUAUUACUAAGUGCGAACGCGUACGAGUCGGGAUGCACAUCAACAUUGCUCGGUGAUACCCACUUUGCCUGGAUCAACCAGUUUGAAGAUGGAAAAACCGAUGAGAUUGCAUUUGCAACCGGAACACUAGCCCACCCUGUUUCCACCCGUUUCGUGAACGCCUCCAUAUACGUCACUUGCGAAAUACCUUGCCAACGUACGGAUGGAGACAGAAUAACUAGUAUUUCAGAGAACGGUACUGUCACAUGUGAACGUGGUUAUGAAUACCUCCAUGCACAACCAGUGUGCAGUAAUGCAACUACGCAAAUCCAUACCUGCACCACUGUGAAGUGUGAUGUACCAGCUAUUGCUAAUGCUACUGUUAACCGUACGGUGAUACAGUUCCAGGAUACGGUCACCUAUACGUGCCAAGACAAUCUAGCUCUUGUGGGCAUUGCCACGCAAAGUUGCUUGGCGAAUGGGAGUCUGUCGUCAGUGGCGCCUCGUUGUGACUAUUCAUCACUGACUGGGUACAGCUACUGUCCUGAAGUUGGUGCGGUCCUGCAACGGACACACGACUCCAAGCUUUUCAACUUUACAGAUGGCGAUUUUAUAUGCAAGCUGCACAAUGGUAGAUUACUAAGUCCAAAAGCGUACGGGAGCAAUUGCACAUUCACAUUUUUUGGUGCGACACGAGUUGCCUGGGUCAACCAGUUUGAGGAUGGAGCAAACGAUAGGAUUGCGUUUGUCACCGGAACACCAGCCAAACCUGUUGCCACUCUUUUCGUGAACGCGUCAGUAUACGUCGUGUGCGAAAUACCGGUGAAAUGUAAUGUACAACCAAUUGCUAAUGGUUUGACCGACAGGAUGGUAAUUCAAUACCAGGAAACUGUCACCUAUUCUUGCCUUCACAAUCUAGCUGUGGUGGGUGUAGCCACGCAAAGUUGUAUGGCUGACAGAAAUCUGUCUUCAGUGCCGCCACGCUGUGCCAAUACGUCACUGACUGGGUACAGCUACUGUCCUCAGGUUGGCGCAGUCCUGAAACGGACGCACGAUGCUAAGGUAUUCAACUUUACAGAUGGCCAUGACAUAUGCAGGGUACGCAAUGGCAUAUUACUAAGUGCGAACGCGUACGAGUCGGGAUGCACAUCAACAUUGCUCGGUGAUACCCACUUUGCCUGGAUCAACCAGUUUGAAGAUGGAAAAACCGAUGAGAUUGCAUUUGCAACCGGAACACUAGCCCACCCUGUUUCCACCCGUUUCGUGAACGCCUCCAUAUACGUCACUUGCGAAAUACCUUGCCAACGUACGGAUGGAGACAGAAUAACUAGUAUUUCAGAGAACGGUACUGUCACAUGUGAACGUGGUUAUGAAUACCUCCAUGCACAACCAGUGUGCAGUAAUGCAACUACGCAAAUCCAUACCUGCACCACUGUGAAGUGUGAUGUACCAGCUAUUGCUAAUGCUACUGUUAACCGUACGGUGAUACAGUUCCAGGAUACGGUCACCUAUACGUGCCAAGACAAUCUAGCUCUUGUGGGCAUUGCCACGCAAAGUUGCUUGGCGAAUGGGAGUCUGUCGUCAGUGGCGCCUCGUUGUGACUCGGUGAAAUGUAAUGUACAACCAAUUGCUAAUGGUUUGACCGACAGGAUGGUAAUUCAAUACCAGGAAACUGUCACCUAUUCUUGCCUUCACAAUCUAGCUGUGGUGGGUGUAGCCACGCAAAGUUGUAUGGCUGACAGAAAUCUGUCUUCAGUGCCGCCACGCUGUGCCAAUACGUCACUGACUGGGUACAGCUACUGUCCUCAGGUUGGCGCAGUCCUGAAACGGACGCACGAUGCUAAGGUAUUCAACUUUACAGAUGGCCAUGACAUAUGCAGGGUACGCAAUGGCAUAUUACUAAGUGCGAACGCGUACGAGUCGGGAUGCACAUCAACAUUGCUCGGUGAUACCCGCAUAGCCUGGAUCAACCAGUUUGAAGAUGGAAAAACCGAUGAGAUUGCAUUUGCAACCGGAACACUAGCCCACCCUGUUUCCACCCGUUUCGUGAACGCCUCCAUAUACGUCACUUGCGAAAUACCUUGCCAACGUACGGAUGGAGACAGAAUAUCUAAUAUUUCAGAGAACGGUACUGUCACAUGUGAACGUGGUUAUGAAUACCUCCAUGCACAACCAGUGUGCAGUAAUGCAACUACGCAAAUCCAUACCUGCACCAUUGUUAAAUGUAAUGUAUCUGAAAUUGCCGGUGGCAUUGCUAAUAGGAUGGUAAUUCAGUUCCAGGAAGCCGUCACCUAUUCUUGCCUUAACAAUCUGGCUCUGAUCGGCGAUGCCGUUCAAAGUUGCUUGGAGAAUGGGAGUCUGUCGUCAGUGGCUCCGCGUUGUGACUGUGAGUUCUACUUGACAGUGCUGAGUCUGAUCUGGAAGCCGAUCUCUCCCACGCGCGUGCUCCGCACCCGAAAGAUCGCUCCCACGCUCCGAGCGUCAAGCUCCGGACCUAUCCUGCCCGGAACUUCCAGUUCUAUCGGAACCCUGACUUUGCCAGGACCUCCAGUUCUCUCCAAGCCCUCGGUUCUACCCACACCGCCACGUCGCGCGAUUGAAAAAAUCCAGCGCGGAGAGUUUGUGGAACUUGAGGAACUCUUGCUGGAAAAUUUCAGCUCCCAGGGACAGGAGCCAAUACAACUGGUAACAGCUGGCGGCGACAUGGCUCAGCUCUCGCUCAACCUCAGCGCAAAGCACACGCGCGCGAUCAACGACUUCUCGGCUUGGCUGGAGGCCUGGACGAUCUACAUGGGCAUCGUCGUUCUUGCUCGUCCUGACCGAGCUCAUGAGCUCGUCUGCUACCAGCACAUACUUUGUACUGCGAACCAACAGUUCACGACGUCUGCUGUGCUGAACUAUGAUCGAGCAUUUCGCCAACACACCGCCAGCAUGGCACUGCGCUGCGACGUGAUCAAUCAGACGCUGUGGAGUAUUCGCCUACUCCGCUCUCCCCGUCUGUCAUGCAGACGUCUGCUGUGCGGAACUAUGAUCGAGCAUUUCGCCAACACACCGCCAGCAUGGCACUGUGCUGCGACGUGA